AUGGUUACCUUCGCCCUACCGAGCGAUGGCGACAGCGUUGCAUCCACGAACGGAACGCCGCGAGCUCGCCCGCCGCUACCAUUUGCGAGGCGCUCCUAUGGCGCGUCGCCCUUUACCAAGGCCUCGGCUAAGCACCUCGGAACACCUCAGUCCGCGCCUUCACGCCGUUUUUUUUCUAGCCGAGGCGACACGCCUGCAGGCGCGCUUAGCAAAAGCAACAUCUCGACCGCUCGAAACAUAUUUCAGGCUUCGGCCCACACACAAAGUCCGCCAUCCGGCCCCUUUUCGCCCAACCUACCCCAGAGCACCAUGAAGAAGGUCUUUGCCCCCGGCGCGACCCCCGAGCCAUCGCGAGUCUAUAGAGAAUCCACAGCCAGUGCCGCACCGCGCGGCAUGGCUGCCAAGUCGUCAGACAAGGACCUUUUCCCCAUGCGAAUCUCUUCGCCCCCGCGUGAGCUCACCGGCGAGGCCCUUGCCCGAAAGGUGCCCAAGGAAUGGAACUCCAAGGGUUCCAUCUAUGCCGAUCAGUUCCUCGCUCACCUUUGCCCCCACCAUCUCGACGAAGAACAGCGCAGACAAUUUUUCUGCAUUCUCGAUCUCCGUCGCCUGAAAUAUGCCGCCAACGAGAUUUUUGCGCGAAAGGACUGGAAGUUGAACGUCAUCAACUUUGCCAAGGAGUUUGAGAAGAGUAGAAGCAUUAUUCUGCUGCGCUAUGGUCUUUACGAAUUCCAAAACGUCAAGCCCACAAAGGAAGUCCUGAAGAGAUGGCGUCGUGAGCAUGGCCUUCCUGAGCCAGAAGAGGAGGAAGCGGAAGCUGUAGAAGCGACCCCUUCCAAAACCGUACCGUCCAAGAAGAGGAAGGCCGAUGACGACCUAACCAAGGACACGGUCAGCAGCGAUGCGAAUAGCUUCGGCAAACGCCAAACUACCGACAAGGUUGGCCAGGACGCGCCAGCUCCCAUUGCUACGCCUCAACCCACUGGCAAGAACAAACGCAAAGCCUCUGUUGGCGAAGAGGACCAGCCUCUCAAGCGUUCUACGCCCUCUGCGACUAAGACUCUCUUCGAGAAGAUUGCCAACAAGACCACCGAGGUUUCCACCCCCCGGCCCAGCCCGUUUGCCCCGAAGCCUGCUGCAGGUGGUCUGGCUCGUUCUGUCUUUACUAACAUCAAGGCCAGCGCUGGACAAGUCCCAAGUGGAAGCGCCCCUACUGGAGCCAGUAACAUCUUCGGCUAUUUGUCUGAUGCUAGCUCGGCCAAGAACAGCGGCGUCGAUGCUGAUAGUGAAAGCGAUAGUGAAACCGACCAGGACGCGAGCCCUGCUGCGCAGCCGGCCGAGGAACAGAGCGCCGAGGCCAGUGCAGUGGAGGUUGAGGAAGUGGCUGCCUCCACCGUUGCUGAUGACUCCACUCGCGAGAGCACACCAGGCCGUAGCCUGUUUGACCGUUUGACCAAAGGCACCGAUGGUGAGCCUGUCCGUGCUGCUGAGCCUAGCCAGUCCCCUGCCGAGACAACUGUACCUGCCGAGACAAUCGCACCUGUCGACAAGACCUGGAACCCUAGCACCACGCCUCUGAAAUUUGCUCCCUCUGCCUCGCAGGCCAACCCGUUCGGCAGCUCGCAGCCCUCAGACGCGUCCGCUCUCUUUGGCGCAAAGCCAUCCGGCCCGGCUGGCUCGAACCCUUUCGGUGCUCCCAAAGCAGUCGAGUCUAUCGAAAAGUCUGCCGGGCUUGCUUCUUCCGCUAGCAACAUCUUUGCUCCCAAGAGCACCGCCCCAUCCAACCUUUUUGGUACCAAGCCGGCUACCACUGACAAGCCUGCUACUCCUGCUGCCGACUCUAGCAAAGAUGGAGGCGAGUCUGAUAAGGAAAACGACUCCCAACCUGCCAAAAAGCCGGCGUUUGACUUCAAGCCCUCCAGUGCGACCUCAGCGUCAGGACUCUUUGGUGCCAAGCUUGCCGCCUCGACUGCCGACACGGCAGCGGAACCGGCUAAGCCUGCUUCAAACCUAUUUGGCGCGGCCGCUGCUAAGCCUGCGGCUUCGGGCCUCCUUGGUACUGUCGACAAGGCUAAGGAGUCUACACCUGUGAUGCAGUCAUCGACUCUUUUCGGCGCAAAGCCUUCUGAUCCAGCGAAAGCUUCUUCUACCGAGGCUUCCGCUCCCAUCACCACUGGAGCACCUGUUUUUGGAGCCCAGACCACACCCGCGGCUACAAGCUUCUUUGGUGGCGCUUCUGCUACUCCUUCUAAGCCACUAUUUGGCGCUACCGCACCGAAAACUGAUGCACCUGCUACGGCUGCACCGGCCGCCACACCUAUGUUCAGCUUUGGUAGUAACUCAACCGUUUCUACCCAGCCUGCCGCUGGAAAACCUCUCUUUGCGCCGAAAUCGCCUGAGGCGACCAAAACGAACUCUGGAACAAUAUUUGGCAGUCCGAUGAAGCAAGAUGAGCAGUCUCCCGCGAAAAAGGUGUUCGGUGGCGGGACUUCGUCUGCUCCUGGCUCCUUCACCUUUGCAACCGCGACGCCGUCUGUGAACUUGUUUGGCGGCGCUGUUGGUGGCAACACCGCGACCAACGGCAACACGUCGGUUUCAUUUGGGGCUCCGUCCACUGGCAACGGAUCGAGCAGCUUCGGAUUCAACUUUUCAAGUGGUGGCACGGGUAGUACGGAUGCUAGCAGCACCAAUACCAGCUUCGCCAAUCCAUUCGGUGGCAACAGCGGCAGCAACAGCCAGUCUAUCAACCCGCCAAGCAGCAGCAUGUUCAAUUUUGGUGCUGCCUCAGCGACCCCAGCUUCGGGAUCUGCUACCUUUCAGUUUGGUGCCGCGGGAGGUGCGUCUGCUCCUAUUGGGGGAGGAACAACGCUUGGAGGCAGCAAUCCGGCCUCUGGCAACUCCACGCCUCUGUUUGGCGGCGCGUCUGCGGGCAGUGCUUCGGGCUUUAGCUUCACAGCCGCUCAGCCACAGAGUGGCAACAUGUUCCAGGCCGCACCGUCCUUUGGUGCCAGUCUGCAGCCUCCAAGCGGUGGAUCCUCUAUCACCGGGACCAACUCGCCAUUAAAUCUGGCUGGAGGCUCCAGCUUGGCGACCACGCCAGCCGUGGGCACUCCAGAGCCCAGUGGCCAAGCCGAGGCGAUCAAGAACGGAGAUGACGAAGAAGGUGAGAAACACGAACAGAUAAACCUUACAGACGGUGCCGAGUCAGAUGAGGAGGCUGUACAUGAGGUACGGGCCAAGGUACUCGAGUUUGUGCCUGACGAGCAAACGGAUGGCGAGGAUAAGCCCAAGCCAAAGAGUCCAUGGACAACAAAAGGAGUCGGCUUGCUGCGAGUGUUGAAGCACAAGGAGACCAACGCGGUGCGUCUGCUGCUAAGAGCUGAACCAAGAGGCAAUGUUGCAAUCAACAGAGUGCUUCUGCCCAAUGCCACAUACAAGGCGGAUGGGAAGUAUGUGCGCAUUACCACAUCAAACGAGGCUGGCGAUGGACUGCAGACUUGGAUGCUUCAGGUGAAAUCCAAGGACGUGGCCCAGGUGUUGGCGGAGGCCUUUGAGGAGCAAAAGGUGCAUAAUAAGCAGGUUGAAUAA